GGGGGUUUCUUUGCUGCUGUCCGCGCCCCGGUGACGUGAAAAGACUCGAAUACGGCUCAAGUUUAAGCCAUCAUCCAAGCUUUCCACAGGGAAAAAAUCAUCUAAAAGUCGUCAACGGUCAAACGAAAAGAUAGGAUACCUGUCUGGGUAUUGAUUGGUCCAAGCCAAAAUUAGACAUUCCCCAUAUUGAGUGCUGGAACCUCGGUGGUCCGAAGAAAAGUCAUCUACCAAGUUCACGGGUUUGGAUAGAAGAUAUAAAGAAUUCUCUCGUGCUGGGUCACUGGCUCGUUGAGGUUAUUCGCAUGAACAAUCGCACAAGUCCAAGAGAAGGGUAACACCAGAAUGGUCGAAUAUCGGCAUUGAAUCAAAAACUGUCCCAGGAUCAAAAAUAAACAGACCCAUUUUGCUUUACAAUCCCGGUAAGUUUUCCUCUACUGACGAAAAUAUGGAAGAUUACGAAGAUAUGGAUGAUCUGGAUUUUGAGGAGGAGGUUGAGGUUGGAGAGGAGGAUGGUGAAGAAUAUGAAGAGGGAGAAGGCAUGGAAGCGAUUGAGGAAAAUGACGAAGAGGAAGAUGGAGAUUUUGACUACGAAGAAGAAGACCAAUCUGCCCCGGUUUAUACAAUCCCUCCAAGGGAAAUUGUCGCUGUGGAGCAUCCAUUGAUUGUGAAGAAUCUUGAAAAUGGUAUCAAGACUUUCGGACGUCAGCCACAAUGGAAUAAGAUUCUUGAGGGCACUGAAGAUGAAUGUAUUCCGCUUUUUCUUCGAAUUAAGGAUCCCACAUGCGAACCAAUUUUGUCUUACAAUAGCAUCACCAACAAUGUUCUCCUCAAGAUCACAGUACCGAAACGUACUGGUAGGAAGCGCAAGCGUGGAUCUCAGGAUCCUUAUACUGACGAUGGGCGUUCAACAUCUCAGGCUACUAGUGAGAAGAAUUCGUUCGGCGAAAAUCAAUCUCACUCUUUGAAUGACAAACCCAAUAGUAUACUGAGAAAGCUUCGAGACAAUGUUGGUAAAUAUACUGUCGAGGCUGCAGGAGCGAUAGAACAGAGCCAUCGCUAUAGAGGACUUUCCGAUUAUCACCAAUCUACAUCUAGUGCAACUUUCAUGUCACAUUUUAAAGAAACUGCAUUCUCAGCCAAUUGGGGCAAGAUGCGAGAAUUCAAGCUCGGCACUGACAAAGGCUGGAAACCAAACGAAGAAAUCAUUCCUCCACCAACCUUCACUCAUCACCCAUUACCAUUCAACUGGGGAUAUCGACAAAAUCCUCUAAUCUCAACUGAAGUAGAUGCAGAGACAGGAGAAACAAGUAUAGUGAACCGUUCGAAAAUGCCCAAACUCGAGAUGCAGUAUGUACAUUGCGACGAAGACGAAGACGUCCCCACAAAGCCAUUCCGUGCAGUUCCAGAUGAUCCUGUCCUUAAAGACUUUGUAGCCGCACUUCAACUAGCCAUGAACGAACGUCCAAUUUGGACACGUCGAGCAUUGCAAAAUCGUCUCGCCAACGAGCCAGGAUAUUAUUUGAUGAAACCUGCACUUCAGUAUGUGGGUUAUCAAUUCCGAAGCGGUCCUUGGCGUGAUGCUCUCAUAAGAUAUGGAGUUGAUCCCCGCAAAGAUCCAUCUUGUCGGAUUUAUCAGACGAUUUUCUUUAAAUUAUACGAAGAAGAUGAGCGUGCUCCCGAUGGUCAAUGGAAAGAUAUGCGGAGUCAAUACACAAGACAUCAAGUUUUCGGCACUGGAGAUUGUCCUUCACAUAUGUUCAAUGGCACUUCUUUAACUCUUGACGGUAAGGUGUGGCAAAUUUGCGACAUUACAGAUCCUCUUCUUGCUCCUCUUAUACAAAAUGCUCCAAUGGCCAAGCAAUACGACAACAACCAUGAUGGCUACUACAACAACGGAACUCUCGCCAAGAUCCGGGCCAUCAUGAAAACAAAGUUAAUUGCCAUCCGCAGCAAAAAAGUAAUCCCUGAAAAUGCAUUCGACGUAGCGCUCAGCAUACCGGAUUUCGUAGAGGGAAAAGAUGGAAAGAAAGUCCACGUGCCAGUACCAGAUAUGCGAUUGACAGAAGAAGAAAUAGAAAAAUUAAGAGAAAAGGGUAUCAUUAGUGGGAUGAGUGGAAAAGGAGUGAGACAUCUUGAUUCGAGGACGAAGAGGAAACAAUAUAGAAAGGGUGGAAAGUUACCAAUAAAAGCUAAGAGAGCGAAACAAUAUGGAAUGAUGAAGGGACCGUCAACUUCAAAACCUAAAGCUUCGACCACAGCAGCGAAACCGAAAAAGAAGAAGACGCCUGGACCUUCCGAUAAGGGUGGAGAUGCUACGCCGGAUAUUGCUACUGUGCGUGUACAGGGAGAUAUCUCGACAGAAGAUACCAUUCAGAUGAUGGAUGCAGAGGGAGAAGAAGAUGAGAUCGAGGUGGAUGCUGAGGGAGAAGAUGACGAUGAAGAAGCAGAAGAAAACGAAGAGGAAGAAUUGAAUGAUGCGGAACUGGGAUCUGAAAACGAAAGUACAGACUCAGAAGAUGAAUCUGAGGCGGAAAAGGAAAAGGAAAUGUUCAUUAAGAAUUAUGAGGCGAGGAUGGGGGCUGGGGAUGGUUCAAGCAAUUAGUGUGCACACUGUCUACAUAAUUUUACUCAGCCGAACUGAUUCCGGGGAGGAGAUCGUAUGAUUUCGGGGGUUCUAUGCCGUCUAAGCUAAUAUUACAUUUUCAAUUCAAGCAAUCAAGUUACAUGACUUGAUCGGGCUUCAUGUAUAUUGCGUUAACAUCCCACUGUCAUUUGUUAAUGUCCAGUCAUUUGAUGGACCGGCAUGUGCGAUGUUAAGGAUAUCAGAAAAGACAAGCCAUCUGUAAGUAAGGGGUUCCCAAUGACCAACAGAGAACUACUUUGGCGAGUUUGCUCCCUACAAAUGAAUUAUUCCAGACGCUUCCGACAAGUCACGAACCUAACAAUUUCUCUAGAACCAGAUCACAUGGCUAAAUGCUCUAGAUUAUCAAUACUAUAAAACAACACAGGUAGCCCUGACGUAUCCACAACUUUCUCAUUGUGACUUUGAAACGGAACCCUAAUUAUCCUUCCGCACCCCAACAUUCGCAAGCA